AUGAAUCCAGACCGACUUCACCCGACCAUCUACAUCAUCCCUCGGCUAGACUCAGAAGGUCUUGAUCCUAUUGUUGAGGACAGCAAGGUUAUCAUCAAUGGAAUUGGACCUUACCAUCGCUUGGGAACUCCAGUGGUGGAAUCAUGUGCCCGAAAUGGGACCCAUUAUGUCGAUUUCAGCACCGAGACAUUAUGGGUCGCUGAAGUGAUAUACAACUAUCAUGAAAUGACCAUGAUACCAGGUGCAACCAUCAUCCUAGCGAUAUCAGGAUCUAGUGCCCCGUCCGACCUUGCAGCCUGGCUCAUCGCACGAUAUAUUGGCAUUCAUAACUUGCCGGCAGCAUCUGAGGUUUUUGGCUAUGGAAAGAUGACCAUGCUUGGCAUGCAGGGUGGCUCGUUGCACACUGUUCUUGACGUCGCCGAAACGUAUGGGAUUGGGGCAUGGCUGACUUCUGAUCCAUUUGUAUUGUUACCUGAUACCAAGCUCACGGAGGGUAAUGGCAAGGGUUUGCUGGGAUAUCGUUAUGAUAAAUAUCUCGGACAUCUGGCGAUAUCGUUUGUUGCUUGGGGAAAUGAUUCAGUUGUUCAACGUUCAGCAGCACUGGACCAAGAGACCUUUAGUAAAGGGUUCUGUUAUAAAGAGUAUAGUCCAGCAAAAGGCUUCCUCUCGGCAGCGUGCAUCCACCUUGUCACCAAGCUAGGCAUCAUUCUGCUUGCCAUUCCGUGGCUCCGAACAUUUCUUCGAGGAAAGUCUUUCAAUCCGGGAGAAGGACCAGACCGAACAGAAAGUCGAAAGGCUGAAAGCGCAGGGUGGAAGGCUGUCGGUUACGUUGAUGGAUCACCAGAGCCAGUAGCAUUCUCCAGAUUCGCCUUCCAAGGAGCGUUGGUUGACAUGGUGGCCAUUCUAGCUGUCGAGGCAGCAGCGACGAUCAACGAUAAGCUCAAAAUUAAAGACGGUCAUCAGUUGAAAGCUGGUCUGUUGACCCCUUCAACUCUGGGGGCGACAUUUGUAGAUCGCCUUCGAGCAACAGGUUUUGAGAUUGAGAUUAAGGGACCAGGUACCGCUGGUCAUUAG